AUGGUCCAAAUCGAAGAACUCACGGACCAAAUGGCCGACGCCUUCAUCGCCGAAGAGGCGCGCAGGAAACAGGAAGCCGCAGCCGCCGCGGCCUCCGUCCCCGGCGCGGACCGCGGCGCCGCCCUACCCCCCGGCCACGCCCUCCACUCGGGCAAGACCGCCGACGAGAUCUUCGCGGACCUGAACAAGUCGCCGCUCUUCAUGACGGAGCUCGAAGAGAACGACGACCUCGCGGCGCUGCAGGCCCUCGCGUACGAGGGCACGCCGCGCGAGAACGGCGAGGACUUCAAGGAGCGCGGGAACGAGUGCUUCAAGGUCAAGCAGUUCGCCGACGCCAAGGAGUUCUACACCAAGGGCAUCGAGAUCCUCGCCGCGCAGGAGAGGACCAGGCAGAGGGGGGAGAAGACGUUCCACACGGAGAAGGCGAAGAGCGGGGAGGGCGAGGACGCCGAGGAGAGGGAGGUCGAGGUCGAGGACGACGAGGAGGAGGUCGCGGCGCAGAGGGCGCUGCUGGAGAGCCUGUACGUCAACCGCGCCGCGUGCCAGCUCGAGCUGCGGAACAACCGGUCCUGCUGGACGGACUGCGGGCUCGCGCUGCGGCUGAACCCGGGCAACGUCAAGGCGUACUACCGCUCGUCGCGGGCGCUGCUGCGGGCGGGCCGGAUCGCGGAGGCGGACGACGCGUGCGCGCGGGGGCUGGCGCUCGACCCGGAGAACAACGCCCUCAGGGCCGUGGCGCGGGACAUCGUGAAGGCGGCGGAGGCGGCGGACGCGAAGGCGAAGCGGGAGGCGGAGCGGGUGGCGGGGGAGAAGAGGCGCGCGGCGCUGUUGAAGGCGGCGCUGGCGGCGCGGACGAUCCGCACGCGGGAGACGGCGCAGCCGCCCGAGAUGGAGGACGCGCGGAUGAAGCUCGUCCCGGACGAGGACGACCCGGCGAGCAGUCUGAGUUUCCCGGCCGUGUUCCUGUACCCGGUGCACCUGGAGUCGGACUUCAUCAAGGCGUUCAGCGAGAGGGAGUGCCUGGCGGACCACCUCUCGUACAUCCUGCCGACGCCGUGGGACCGGGAGGGGGAGUACACGGUCGACGGGGUGGAGUGUUACAUGGAGACGGUGAAGGGCGGGCUGGUCAAGGUCGGGAAGAAGGCGGUGUUGUUGAAGGUGCUGAGCGGGGGCAACGUGGAGGUUGUGGAUGGGAUUGUAAGGGUUUACGUCGUGCCGUCGGGGAAGGCGAAGAAGUGGAUUGAGGAGUUUAAGGUGAAGAAGGCUGCGGAGAAGAAGUGA